ACGAACCGAAAUACCAAAUCAUAUCAUAUGAAAUACUAUUAAUUGCUGUCACAGACUCAAUUGAUACCAGGAAAAAGUGCCUGGGUAAGUUUUUAUACUCUCCAACCAAAGUAGGGAUCAUGAAACAUAAAUGUUAUGAUCGAUCGUCAGAAGAAUUUUUAACAAACUCACUCAAUUCAUACAUGACGCAUACCAGGUCUUGAGGCAUUCAAGUGAUAGAUAGUGAAAUGUAAAUAUAACUCCUACCUCAGUAUCACGUCUCGACGGAAUCGAUUUCUCCCUUUUCUGCUGGGCUUCUGAGUCUCAGUUAGGCGGUUUCACAUCUGGCAGUCGUGAUGAAUUUUGCUCUGUGUGGACUGUUGGUGCUGCUUGAUGUUCUUGAGCUGGCUUCUCUCGAGUUCAUCACUGCAGGGAACGCUGCUUGCGAACAACUUCUUGAACUUGAAUUGAUCUGCAAGACUCGUCGUCAGGUCAACCUGAUGUGUUUUAAUCGUACCACAAAAACAUCGAAGACUAAAGUUAGACCAAAAGGGUACUUGAAAGUACACUUUGGUCAGGAAAAGCUGUUCUUCAAACUGUACCAUACAAAGAUGUCUUGGUCCAAAGCUUUGGAAAGGUGCAGCGUUGAUGGUGGCUCACUUGCCAAGAUCGAUGCUUCUGGAAAACAGAAGGUCAUUGAAAGGAUUCAUGGAUUGUCCGAUGGACCUUGGAUCGGAUUACGAGACACCCAUGACAAUGAUACAUAUUUCUGGAGUGAUGGAUCCCCUCUUCUCUACACAAAGUGGGACAUAUUCGAGCCCACUCACAUGUCUAACGAUGGUUCUAAAGAAGACUGUGUGAAGCUUCGAAAUGGAGUGUUUGGUUAUACAUGGAAUGAUUAUACAUGUGAAAGUAUGCUUCCUUUUUUGUGCGAACUGUGAGUUUAACUCUACUUUGGCAUAACAAUAUGGUUACACGUUUAUACCGCCUUUCUGAUUAUUGAGUAGUUUUACAUAGUAAUCUAAGCAUUUACCUCGAUUUAACAUAUUUGGUUUUCAUGCUUAAAAGCAGACAUUAAAACUAAACUGGCAUGUGCAUGGUAUUAUGGUCACACGUGAAGUCCUUUUAAUGAUUUCAACAGCUAUACUUUUUGUGCAUCCCAUCGGUCGCGCCAAGCACACAAUUUCUCAAUUUUUGGCGCCCGAAAAUCCUUGAGUAAUUGUUUUGCUGUCAAGGAACAACAAUAUUUCGUGAUUUGUCAAGGAUCGAUAAUGAAAUGUAGGUUUUUAGAUAUAAGUGAAUGGGUGACUGAGUACGGUUUUACGCCGCUUUUAUCAAUAUUUUAGCAAUAUCACGGCGGGGACCCCCGAGAUAGGCUUCACACAUUGUACAAAUGUGGGUGGCGAAGCGAACCCGGGGACUGCCGUCACGAUCGAAGGCUUUAACCACUAGGCUACACCACCGACCCUCAGGUAUGAUGAAAUGAAGGACUAGCCUUCAAUAGAUUACAUAUAAUACACAAUAUUUCAUUUUGAAACCCGUUACAUACAUAAGGCAUACCAUUUGUUAGAAAAUGUAACAACGUCCAGCAAAAAAUACACGUGAAAAAAGCCAAUCACCGCCAACUAUACUACACUAGCUGACAAGAGAAACUAUGCUCAAUAUAAAGUUAAAAGAAUAUUCUGAAAUUAAAAAAUGCAUCUUUCAAUACAUAUUCAUGAAGACAUCCCGAUUUUGAGGUCGCGAUUCAAAGUUUGCAUGUGCAUGCACGGCGCAUAAUUUGGAAGUUUGCGUGAUGUUGGGAGCAUAAUACUCACACACGUGGUUUUGUAAUGCAAACAACACACCAUGCUUGUUUAUCUGUCAAAUGCUCAUAAAGACCAUAUAAUGUUUAUCCGUAAAUAACGCUUAAGUAAUGCAACGACUUGCUGAACAUCAACGUGUACUCACCGUGGAUAUGCUUCAAAUAGGGGUGCCGCAAGACAUUUUAAUGUUCAACGAACGCAAUAAAAUCUCAUUGGAGCCGGUAGUCCAUGUGUGACGUCACGUCAACAAGACAACCAUAUUCGGUUGGUGCAUCUACGGAAUCGAUACCAAACUGCAACAAUUACAGCUCGGAUAAUUCCUGAGUUGUGACCAAUUGCAGAACAGUACGAAACCAGUUUAGGGAGCACAAUAUCCGGCCCCAACGCCCAAUUUUGCUUUCAUGUCAUCUUCUGGGACGCCUAGCUUGGUGCCGACACAGAUGAUUCCAGGUUUCAUCUGGAUUGCUCUGAUUGUCGUGCAAGGGUCUACAUGCGUCCCAAAGAAGGUCUUAGCGACGCAUGCGUUACUCAGCAGCGUCGUCAGUUUGUGGUGUAGUGUCAUGGUAUGGGGUGGCAUCGCAACUCAUCAUUGUUAAUGGCAAUUUGAAUGACGUACGUUCUACCCUCUGUGCAAAUGCAGGGACGUAACUUCACGUUACAGCAGGAUAAUGCCCGCCGACAUGGUUGUAACAGACUUUUAAAGGCAGUUUUACAUUGCUGAACUCCCAUGGCCGGCUGUUUCUCCAGUGCUCACCCCCAGAGAACAUGUCUGUGAUAAGAUUGACAGAUAAGACAGAUUGAACGGCGCCUAUGACAGAUUGAACGGCGCCUAUGCCAGAUUGAACGGCGCCUAUGACAGAUUGAACGGCGCCUAUGACAGAGUGAACGGCGCCUAUGACAGAUUGAACGGCGCCUAUGACAGAUUGAACGACGCCUAUGACAGAUUGAACGACGCCUAUGACAGAUUGAACGGCGCCUAUGACAGAUUGAACGGCGCCUAUGACAGAUUGAACGGCGCCAAUGACAGGACCUAAUCGGUAAUGCUAGCUUAGUUGUUUUCAAUCAUUCGGUGUCCUCAAUGCGCCGCCGCUGGCUCGCCUGUAUCAAAGCAAAUUGCAGUCACAUCCAAUAUUGACAUUGUCAAUUGAGUAGUAAUACCAUAUCUGUUGCUACCAGGUAUUAGUUUUGUCAAUGAAUUUGUAAGAUAAAACAUUGAUGACAAAAAUGACUAAAUAUUAUGUUAUUAUUUUCAGUAAAAUAAUAUUUACACCACUUUAUAUGAAGAAGUUAGUUUUCCCGUUAAUAUAUAUGUUUCCAUUAAAAUCAUCAAUUUAAUUUUCUGACCGAACACAUGUAAUCUUUAUUUAGAAAGCGACAUUCUCAUAUUGGAACUCAGAAGCUGAUAUCAAUUAUGUAAUGAAAUGUGUAACUGUUCCGUUGUAAUUCAGCUAUGUGACUACCCUUUCUAUUGCUUCCUUUGCUUCUUUGUAUGACAUAAUAUUCAGUGUUUGCGGCAAUUUGGAGAAACAUAAAGUGUUCUUGUUCCACUUUUCCAGCAGGUGUCGGUGAUAUAUCAGACAUUCAUGAACGUAUACAUAUGUCCAACAGAUACAUGGACGUUCGGAAUAUGUGAAAACAAAGGAAUGAGUUAACGAAUAUUGUUUAACCCCGCAUCAGCAAUUUUCCAGCUAUUCACGGCGGAAAACAAAGGAAGGUUGAUGCUUAACUUAUUUCUGGGUAUUUGUGAGUUAUAGAAAAAAAGGAACUAAAAAGAAAUAGAUUACUUUGUUCGAGUUUGGGCCCCACAAAAAUGUUUUCAAUUAACAGAUAUGCAUCCUGUCAACGUUAUUAUUAUUUUAUGACUUGCUCCACUUUAAAUAUAUUUUUACUUAUAUAUAUUGUUCUAUGUAAAUAUUCACACUCGAAGGGUUGAUUGUGUUUAUGAAACUGUCAGGAAAAGUUUGCACCAUUAAGAUCCACUGUAUGCUCCUCUAUCCUUGACUUAUUGUCUUUGACUGUGAUAGUGUGAACGCUUUGGAAAUCGUGAAAUAAAUUAUCUCAUUGUAACAUUAUAAAUACAUGUCUGAUGUUUGUGUUCAUAUAUCACAAGCACGCCUUUAAUAUUUAAAAGAGAGUAUCUGAAAAAGUGUUCUGUCACAACCAUUUAUCAUUUCCACUCAAGAACGACAAAUACCCCAAACCCAUUUGCUACGAUAGCUUUGUGUUGAGUUCAAAUGACACAACGCUGAUAACCGUCCAAUCUGGCAUGAUUAAAACAAGAAACGGUAUCAUCAGUACUCGACUCGUUUUGUUGCCAACGGUGUAAAAAUACAACUGGGAACGCCUGGUAGCAUGAUGACUGCCCUCUUCGUCUUAAUGUUCAGAAUAACAUCUUUCCAACUGAAAGUCUAUUUAUAAGCCAAAUUCGACUCGACAUUAUUUUGUGGCACCCUUGAAGAUCCCGGUGAGAAUAGGUCUUCAGCAACCCACGCUUGCCGUAAAAGGCGACUGUGCUUGUCGUAAGAAGUGACCAGUGAUCGGGUG